AGACGUUUGUACUUUGUGAAGUUGUUUGUCUGAAGUUAUUAUGCAUGUAAACAAUAGCCUACAUGUCCACGUUCUCCCGCAGUUUCAGCACGUCACUCUUUUUAAUCAGUUGGCUGCACAAAAUAACUAAAUUAAAUACAGUGUAUGGUGUGGAGGAGUUUCAUCUAGAUUUUGCUUUCGUUUUCCGAUCAUCAUCAAUUCAUUCAGCGACUCUGAUUCGCUAUAAACGCGGAAGAAUAACAAUAAACAUUACUUUCGUUUCGUGGGAAAUAGUGUCGUUGAUUUUGGAAACAGUCCAGCAGUUUCGCUCUCGUUUUCGAAUUGUAUUUAACGAGAGGAUGCAGAGAGACACUGCUGGAGUCUGAAGGUUUCAUCCGUCAGCUGUGAACAUGUUGUGCUACUGGGGAGCGCCGGUCAGAGAGGGCUUCGGUCUGCCUGACAAAGUCAAACAUGGCAAAUGUGGAAUACGAUCCAUGUGUCCGAAAUCAGUUGAGGACAUGUCAGCUGGAAGGAGUUUUGUUGGAUUUAUCCGGGAUAGGAAGGUCUCGGUCUUGAGAUUGCGCGAUGAAGACUAUAAUCAAGAUGGAAAACUAAAGCAACUACAGCUAAAGAAGAAUGACAGAAUCAGAUCGAUUGUCUGUGGAGGAGCUGAUGCGGUUCUUCUUGCUAAUGGAGGAAGAGUUCUCAUUAUGGACAAAUCUACUGUGUGCAGGCCUCUCAAAGGUCUGGAAAACAGGCAGGUGAUUCAGAUCGCAUGUGGAGACCAGCAUUCAAUGGCACUAACCAAGGAUGGUCAGUUGUUCGUAUGGGGUGAAAACUCUCACGGUCAGCUGGGUUUAGGGAAGGGAGAGCCGAGCACUCUGUCUCCUCAACCGCUCAAAUCUCUGUGUGGGAUCCCACUGGCUCAGAUCAGCGCUGGAGGAGACCACAGCUUUGUGUUGUCUCUCUCUGGAGUCGUGUUCGGAUGGGGAAAGAACUCGGCUGGACAGCUGGGCCUUGGAGACACUACAGAUAGACACGUCCCAACGGUUGUAAAUAGUCUGAACCGAAAGAAAACUGUGUCCAUCUCAUGUGGAGGAGAACACACUGCCACUCUAUCAAAGGGCGGCACAGUAUUCACAUUUGGAUCCGGAGGUUUUGGUCAGCUUGGGCACAACGCGUUUAAAGAUGAACAUCAUCCGCGGGUGGUUGGUGAACUGUGGGGAUCUAAAGUGUCACAUGUCACAUGUGGGAGAUGUCACACACUCGUAUCAGUCUCAUCGUCCAAACUGAUCUACUCAUUUGGAUGUGGGAUGCAAGGGCAGCUGGGAAAUGGAGAAAUGAUUAAGCAGUCUGUGCCUUUCCCUGUGGAUCUGUUAAACGAAUGUGAUCAUGAAUAUAUGAUUGAAAAACUCAUCGCUGGGGAGAAUCAUUCCUUUGCCUUGUUUUUCAAAGAACCUGGGAAUGAGUCUAAACCAAAUCCAAGCAGAGGGAUUGUGACAUUCGAUGACAUAAUGAUUGACCAAAGUCUGCCUAGAAGUGAAUCAAGGAAAGUAAUAAAGGACAUAAACACAGUGUUCUCCUCGGCUGCCUCUCUGAAUGGAAGUUUCCUCAAAACAAGUUGUGACAUACAAUAUCAGACAUCUGUGGAGAAUUGUGGGUUGGAUUUUGAUCUGGUUAAAACAUCCUUUGCAAAGUUAUCAAAGAAUGAAAGGUUGAUCUCAGAGGUAGUGAAGGUGGUUCAACAGAAACUGCUGCCGUCUCUGAAUCCAAAUCCAACUGGUGUUGAAUCUCUGAGACUUUACCUUCUCCUCCCUGAGCUCAUCAGAGGACUCCAGGAACAACAAAGAACUGAACUCACUGGAGCACUGGCCUCCAAAAUCCUUGAUCUGAGUCCUGAUGCUCUCAAGGUGUUAGAGACGUACUGGUCCAAACUCCCUGAUGAUUGGCUCAAAAACUUAGUGGACUUAUUUAAAAAAGUGUCUGCUAUGUUAAUUGGCAGAAUUGCUGUUGAAAAGUUGAACCGGAACACACAGACACACCUACCAAAAUGUGUGCGGAUCCUUCAGAUGGUCUAUCAGGUCUGCCGCAGUGCCCACCGAGACAUCACAAAGAGUGAUUUCAUCAUUCAUGAGGUCAAUGGUCUCCUAGACGUGCUGCAAACCAUCCAUGAAGAUAUGAAUAACUGGCAGUUUAACUUGCAAAUCAAAGCAUUGAUGAAACAGCUGAAGUACUAUGACACAAUCUUAAAAGAUCUUAUAUCACUUCCAUGCAUCUUUAACCUGGAGGCCAAAUGUAGCUAUAUGAAGAACAAAUUAUGGCAGGGUUGUUUUCAGCUGACUCUGAGACGCACAGCACUGCUGGAGGAUUGUUUCUGUCAGCUAAGAACGGCCACCCAGCAACAUCUCAGAGAAAAAUGGCUUGCGGUGUUUUACACAGAGGAUAUGAGAAAAACAGAUGUCAACAAGAAGGACUUUUUUCUCAAUGUGUUUAAAGAGCUUUGCGCACCAGAGUCUCAGCUGUUCAUGUACAAUGACAACAACACUUUGAGCUGGUUCCCGACACAGCCCAGCGUGGAGAAGGAGAAGUACUUCCUGUUUGGGACUCUGUGUGGCUUGGCCUUCAACAACAACUCUGUAGUGAAUCUGCCUUUUCCUUUAGCUUUGUUCAAGAAGCUUUGCAAUGUCAAACCAUCUCUAGAAGACUUGAUAGAGUUCAGUCCGGUUCUUGGCAAGAGUUUGCGGUACAUCCUGGACUACAGCGAUGACGUUGUGGAAAUGGACAUGAACUUCACGAUCACUUGGAAUGAAACAGAAGUAGAACUGGAUCCAGCUGAGCCAGGAAAAGUUGUCGCAAAUUAUAACAGAACUGAAUUUGUGGACAAGUAUGUGGAUUAUAUCCUGAAUAAAUCGGUAGAGGAAGUGUUUGAAGAGUUCAAGAGAGGCUUCUUCAAUUCGUGUCACAGACACUUGGUGGAGAUGUUUGAGCCGGAGGAGCUUAGAGGAGUUCUGGUGGGCAAUGAGGAAUAUGACUGGGACAUCCUCAAACAGAACACCACAUAUGAAGGAUUAUUUUAUGCUGAGCAUCCAACCAUCAUCUCAUUCUGGGAGGUGUUUGAUGAACUGACAUCAAAUGAGAAGAAGGCCUUUCUAUUGUUCUUAACAGGGUUUGAGAAAGUGCCCAUUUUGGGAAUGAGCGCUGUGAAGAUGAGAGUGAGACCCCUGUUCAACUUUACUCAGGAUCAUCUACCACAGGCCCUCACCUGCCAUGCUCUGUUAGAACUUCCUAUUUAUCAAAGCAAGAAAACACUCAGGGCAAAAGUAAUUGAAGCCAUCAACCACAAGAGGGGGUUCUGGGAAGAGUGAGGCAGAUGCUGGAGUUCUGAGAUCAUCUGUGGACUCAAGUCACAGAUCUAAUAACUUGAUACUUGAUCCAUGAUCAAGGCAUUAACAGCAUCUGAAACAUUGGGGGACCAAACUAUUUUUAGAGGGGUAUUUAAUUAAAGUAUUUAAAGGAAUGUAAGGUGAUAAAGAAGAACUCUAAAAGAACUAGAAUUUACUUAAACUGAUUGCAAAUAAUAUUUUUAUUGUAAAUAUGCACAUUCACUCUUAAUUGUGUGCCUAAUAUGUUGAAAAUGGCUAUGUUAAUAUUUUUUGUCUCGUUACAUUCAUUUUUGAAUUACAUGAAUCACAUAAAUGACCUGAGAAGGUGGAAUGUUUGUAACAGCUCAUGCUCAACGAUCAGUUCCUGUUGUAGUACGUGAGGAAAAAAUAGAAAAAUGUUUGCGGUUAGAAAGCAAUUUUUGAUAACAGAGUUUACAUUUAUAUCCACAAACAGAUUCCAGGACUUUAACACUAGAGUGGAGUAGAGUUUCUUUUCCAAAUGCUGUAAUGUGAUGUGUUGUAUUUAUGAACUUAAUUUAAAAUAAACAUGUCUUAAUAAUAAAA